CCCCUACUUCUCACACCCUCUCUAAUAGUUAACUUUGGUUGAUAUGGUUGAUAUGCUUAUAUGAUUGUUUCCUCAUACCAGCCAACGAGAUGCUCUCGCAUCAAAAGUCAUCCAUGCCAGGUUAAGAUGGAAACUUUACUCUGAUCAACACAGAAAUCCUUGUCAAGAUUAGAGCAGACAACUAGUUUAGAUUGGAUUUCAACUUUGAUGGGGACUAUUUUUUUGUUUAUGGUCAAGUUUCCUUCUCAAUCAAUAAGACGUGAACCACUCUUUGAUGUGUCACACUCGAACAGGCAUAUGAGCACAAGUGAAUCACCUAUAUAAGUAAAUAAUUUCAAUAAAGACAAAAAGUAUUUCUAUUGACUCUGUCCGCUAAACAGAUUAUUCUUUAAAAAAAUGUAUAGAGGAAUAGAGGAUCUGUAAGUCAUUUGUGUCUGAAACGAUUAGAGAAACUUUUUCCCAUUUCUUAGACACCCAUAACUUACAAGAUGCUUUUCCCUUUCUUUCUUUUGCUUAUUUUCCCCGGCCCUCCGACUAUAUAUCUCGAAAUCAGGGGGGGCACGAUCAUUCAUUCGUCCCAAUCCCCGAACAAUUCACUGACCAGACGGAUGUUUCCGUGUAAAUAAGAAAAGAAUGUAGUUAGACUUGGUUGGAACUUGGAAUGUUUGGCAUUUGAUUCCCAGAAGGUGAAAAAGAGCAACAUUCAUUCCUUGGGCCUUCAGCUUGGGGUUGGGGAUGAAAAAACAAGUCUUUCUACUCACUCUUGGUAAAUGGCACAUGUCGAUAAUUGGCUUAGAUUAAAAGCAAGCAUUUAGAUGUUGGUGGUUACGUGCCUGAAAUGCAAAGCUAAGAUAGGUGGUUGGUGGUGACUCCACACUAACUCCAAAUGGGAUGAUGGGAAUAGCCACCACCACCCCCACCACCGAGUUUGACGCUUAUUUCCUUUCUCCUCCGCCCCUCCCUUCACCAAAAUCCUGCUUUUCUCAUCUUCUCUCUGGCGUACAUUCCAUAGUCUAUAUCCUUCCUCUGUCGUCUCUCAGGUUGAGGUGGUGGAGUGUUAAGAAUGUGAGGUUGGGGCUAUUUCUCAGGUUGACUGUUUCCAAAUCUAAUUGCAACUGGCAAGCAUAUACAAAUAAUGGCAUCACUCACUCCAGGAGUACUACUAAAGCUUCUCCAAUGUAUGCAUUCUGAAGCAAGGGUAUGCGGGGAAUAUCGAUCGGUUCUUCUACAAGUGAUCAGUAUAGUUCCUGCCUUGAGCGGUUCUGAGCUAUGGUCAAACCGUGGCUUCUUCAUAAAGGUUUCAGAUUCUUCACACUCAACUUAUGUCUCAUUAUCCGAUGAAGAUAACGAGCUCAUCCUAACCAAUAAACUGCAACUUGGGCAAUUUAUCUACGUCGAUCGAGUUGAGGCAGGAACCCCUGUUCCCACUCUUGUUGGGGUGCGACCUGUUCCUGGACGUAAUCCCUGUGUGGGGACUCCCAAGGAUCUAAUGCGUAUGUUAGUUCCUUCUGAAAGUCCAACCUCAUCGCCCAAUCAUGACGGAACUGCUUCCAAGUCCAUUGAAUUAUCGGAAGCUAAGGAGGAAAGCCCGAGGAAGAAAAUUGUCAUCAAGGAGGAGAAGGUGGUUGUGGCGUCAAGGUAUAUGCAGGGCGUACUGAGUUCGAAUUCGAAUUCGAAUUCAAAAGGGUCUGAAGUUGAUUCCAAUAAUGGAGGCAAGCCCAAUGGGAAUGACAGUUACGAGACGAAGAAUCUUGCUUCUUCCAAAUCCAAUAAGAAAGAACUUAAAGGUCAGACACGCCCAACUACUCCGAAGCCAGAGGUUUAUGGGGCGAGCACGAAAGACAGAGAGGCUGUUGUACCUGCAAUAAAGAGCUCAAAGGCUAAACAGAGCACUACUACGCCUAAACAGGACAACUCAAACUCCCAUAGUUCCUUAAAAAGCAGAAACAAAAAUCAAGCACGUGAUUCCAUUUCCUGGGACUCCCUUCCUGCCAACCUUUUGAAGCCAGGAAAGGGGAUGCUUCGAAGGAGAAAUUUAGCUUCUUUAAUAGCGACAGAAGCUCAAAAAGAAGCAUCUUCAGCAGCAACUCUUGUCAAGUGUCUCGGUAUGUUUGCCGAUCUCCGCACCUCUGCUGCUCCAAGUAGUCCUCAUCUCCCUAUGUCCAAAUUCUUUGCUCUGCACCGGCUGAUCGACCAACAGACUGUUGUAACCGCUUCCAAGGAAGUUUCAACUAAUGUUUAUACCAACUCUCUCCCCUUGGAUAAAGACAAAUCUGGUAAAAAUACUACUCCAACUUCUGGUAGAAAUGUGCACAAGUCUCCAAAGCCCCCCAUGGAGCUCAGUGCAUCUGAAAGACUAGAAUGGGCAAAAGGAGACGGUGAUAAAGAAAUCAAAGAAUUGAGAGAAGUUCUCCUGAAAGAAUCACAAUCUUGGUUCCUGAAAUUCUUGGAGGGUGCUCUGACUGCUGGGUUUCAGAUGAGUGCCCGAGAGAAGAAAGGCAAGGAUGGCGCUGGAGGUCGGAGAAUGGGAUCAUCAGAGGGCCAGAUUGCAGUAAUGUUGUCACAGCUUAAGACUGCAAGUGAUUGGUUGGAUCAAUUACGAAGCAAGGCAAGCCCAGAAAACAAUGGGCUGGUGGAUACCAUCGACCGGUUGAAGCAGAAGAUAUAUGAAUGUUUGCUUUCUCAAGUGGAUUCAGCUGCAUCAGCUCUAGAAAGCCGGUCUGAUCGUGGAUGAUUCGGCGAUUUGUAAUUAAAACAUAUUUAUUGGUGUGUAUGUAUUUAUGGGUAAUUCAGAAAUUGAAAAGCAUUCCCUUAACACUGCAGAUAAUUUGAAUCAAACGAGAAUAAAUGAAACCCAAACAAACAUGGGUUACAUAUAUUAGGAAGGAGGUUUUACGAAUUAUGGAUUCACAAAUGAAUAUGCACUGUAAUUUUCAUGGCUCUUGAGCAAACUUCUGUAUAUGUGAUAAUGAUCUUUGAUUUA